AAACUGAUGAUAAUCAACUAAUUUCUAUUGAUAAUGUUGCUAAUCCCUUAAAUCAUAUUGGAAAAGAGGCUCCAAAGAAGAAUCAUAUUAAAGGUGUACAAGAAGAUCAUACAUCAAAAAAAAAAGCCAAAUCAG